UCAUCUUGCAUUAACUUUUUUGUUUGAACACAUAUAGUAGUCAAUAUUUUUAUAAUAAUCAGGAGUAGAAGUAACAUGGCAGGUGUGAGUGCCCAGGGAAGCUUUGACCAAUCUUCCCGUCACCUUCUUUCAUCUUCCUUUUUCUGUCUUUUGACUCUCUUCUCUACUACUCUCUUUAAGCUUUUCUAAAAUCUCUCUGCUAGAGCUUCUACUUCCUCUCUAAUGGUGGAACCAAAACACUAGAUUAGAUUCCCCCUUUCUCUCUCAAAAACUCUUGAGAAUGAAGAUUUUUACAAGCUUCUUUUUCUAUGUAACAACUCUUCUCUUCUUCUCCUUAUUCUCUUCACCAUCUCAGUCUUUGUAUAGAGAAACCCAUCAGCUUAUAAACUUCAAAAACGUUCUUCCUGACAAGAAUCUCCUCCCAGACUGGUCUUCCAGCAAAAACCCGUGUACCUUCGAUGGCGUUACUUGCAGAGACAACAAGGUUACUUCCAUUGAUCUAAGUUCUAAGCCUCUCAACGUAGGAUUCAGUGCUGUGGCUCCAUUUAUUAUGUCCUUCACCGGACUAGAGUCUCUGUUUCUCUCAAACUCACACAUCAAUGGCUCCAUUGCUGCCUUCAACUUCAAGUGCUCUGCUUCUUUAACCAACUUGGAUCUAUCAAGAAACUCUCUUUCGGGUCCUGUAACUAGCCUUGGUUCUUGCUCCAGUCUAAAAUAUCUCAACGUCUCCUCCAAUACCUUCUAUUUUCCCCGGAAAGUUUCAGGUGGGUUGAAGAAGCUAAACCGCUUGGAAGUUCUUGAUCUUUCAUCAAACUCACUCUCCGGUAUCGUUCCUCCAUCCUUGGGUUCUUGUUCUCUACUGAAAUCACUAGUGCUGUCAAGUAACAACUUCUCCGGUACGUUACCGAUUGAUACGUUACUGAAGAUGAGAGGUCUCAAGGUACUCGAUCUGUCUUUCAACGAGUUUUCCGGCAAACUACCGGAAUCUCUAACGAAUCUAUCCGCUUCGUUGCUAACGUUAGAUCUUAGCUCCAACUAUUUCUCCGGUCUGAUUCUCCCAAAUCUCUGCUGGAACCCUAAAAACACUCUCCAGGAGCUUCACCUACAGAACAAUCUCUUCACCGGGAAGAUUCCUCCGACGUUAAGCAACUGUUCUGAGCUCGUUUCGCUUCAUCUGAGCUUCAACUACCUCUCCGGGACAAUCCCGUCGAGCUUAGGCUCUUUAUUGAAGCUUCGAGAUGUGAAGCUAUGGAUGAAUAUGUUAGAAGGUGAGAUCCCUCAGGAGCUCAUGUAUGUCAAGACUUUAGAGACUCUGAUUCUCGAUUUCAACUACUUAACCGGUGAAAUCCCUUUCGGUUUAAGUAACUGUACCAAACUGAUCUGGGUUUCUCUGUCGAAUAACUGGUUAACCGGUCAGAUUCCAAGCUGGAUCGGCCGGUUAGAGAAUCUCGCCAUCCUCGAUCUAAGCAACAAUACGUUACACGGGAACAUUCCUGCUGAGCUCGGUGACUGCAAAAGCUUAGUCUGGCUCGAUCUCAACACCAAUUCCUUCGACGGAACGAUCUCGUCUGAAAUGUUCAAACAGUCUGGGAGAAUCGCUGCGAAUUUGAUGGCGGGUAAGAGGUACGUUUACAUCAAAAACGAUGGGAUGAAGAAACAGUGUCACGGAGCUGGUAAGUUGCUUGAGUUUCAAGGAAUCAGACCGGAGCAUCUUAACCGAGUUUCGACGCGAAACCCUUGUAAUUUCACCAGAGUCUAUGGAGGUCACACUUCGCCUUCGUUUGACUACGACGGUUCGAUGAUGUUUUUGGACAUGUCUUAUAACAUGUUAUCUGGUUACAUACCAAAGGAGAUUGGUUCGAUGGGUUAUCUCUUUGUCCUCAAUUUGGGUCAUAACUUUAUAUCUGGUUCGAUUCCUGACGAGGUAGGUGAUCUGAGAGGUUUAAACAUUCUUGAUCUUUCAAGCAAUAAGCUCGAUGGGAGCAUCCCUCUGGCGAUGUCAGCGCUUACUAUGCUUACGGAAAUCGAUUUGUCCAACAAUAAUCUUUCUGGUCAGAUUCCUGAGGUUGGUCAAUUCGAGACUUUUCCGCGGGAGAAGUUCUUGAACAAUUCUGGUCUUUGCGGUUAUCCACUUCCACGGUGUGAUCCCGUGAACGCAAACGGAUACGCAGAACUACCAAAGCAAGAAGAAGAAGAAGAAGGAGAGCUGUUGAGCUGGAAAGCAGUAGCUAUAGGAUAUGCUCUUGGGGUGUUGUUUGGAUUGGCAAUAGCACAAGUCGCUGCUUCAUACAAGCCGGAGUGGUUCUUCAAAAAUUUUGGUCUUAGAAAGAGCAGAAACCGUUAGAAUUAACUAAGAUAUGGUUCGGAUAGAGGAAUUAACACUCUAGAGUUUCUAUUUACAUUUUCAGAAAACUAUCAAACACCCUUAAAAAAAUCUUUCUACAGUUAUAUU